AUGAUUACGACAACUACACAUACAAUUGAAGGCAGAAAGAUCCGAGAAUACAUCGGGCUCGUUACAGGCGAAGCGAUUAUGGGGGCGAACAUGUUUCGCGAUUUUAUGGCAGGGAUUACCGAUCUCAUCGGAGGCAGAUCCGGCACCUAUGAAAGCAAACUUGCGGAUGCUCGUGAGACGGCACUUCAGGAGAUGCAAGAACUCGCACAACAGCAAGGGGCAAAUGCUGUCGUCGGGAUUGACAUUGACUAUGAGGUGCUUGGUGCACGCAACGGUAUGCUGAUGGUAACCGCAACCGGAACCGCUGUCAAAAUUGAAUAA